AUGCGUCUUGUCUCGCUCGCCGUGCUCGCGCUCGCGCUUCUCGUCGCGCCUGCCACGUGCGACAAGGACAAGUCCGCGUGGACGUGCGAGUCCGACGGGUUCUGGCACGAGAACGGCGUCAAGAGCCAGUACACCUGCUCCGAGUCCGGUUCCAAGGCUGACGACGGUUCGAAGGGCGAGAGCCCGAGUCCAUCUUCCAAGGGAGACGAGAAGGAGGACGGCGGUAAGGAGGAUGCCGCGACCGUGUGCCCCGGUGACGGCAACGACGCGGGCUUCGACGCUUUCCCCACCGUGACGCGCACGUGCGUGAAAGGUCCGCCGAACGACGCGACGCGGUGUUGGUGGACGUAUAGACCGCCGACGUCGCAGACGGGCCGAAUUCCGCUCGUGGUCGACAUGCACGGCGGAGGCGGUUGCGCGUCGCACCGCGCGCGGUGGUCCGGCUUCAAAGCGUUGGCGGACGCAAAACUGUUUGCGGUGGCGUGGCCCGCGGGCUACGCGAACGAGUGGGGGACGUGCGGCUCGGAUUGUGAGGGCGUCAGGGCGGCGAGCGGUGGCAAGAACAUCCGCGACACGGAUGACAUCACCUUCCUCACGGCACUCAUCGCUUUCGAGGCCGCUCGCCCGAUGGACGGCAGCUCGCCGCCCGUUGACGCGACGCGGGUGUACCUCACGGGGUUCAGCAUGGGAUGUAUGAUGGCGCACAGGUUCGCGAUGGAGAGGUCGGACCUGACGGCGGGGUUCGGGUGUCACGGCGGCGACCUGAUCGGCGCCGGAGCCGACUUGAACGCGCAAAAGGCGAGGUUUUCGAUCAAGCCCACCGCCGCGUUCAUGACGGGCGGAUCCUCGGACGCCUGGUUCUCACCGAGCGCCUUCGUGACAUGGCGGACGUGGAACGGGUGCGAUGCGGGGGAUGCGAACGUCGCAUCCACGAACGUCACGUCACCGCGAGUCGGGAACAUCCAACGCGGCGCCGGCUGCGACGCCCCCACGGCUCGGUACGUCGUGUUCGACGCGGGCCACACGGAGGAUGACGCCAUGGCCGCGGCGACGUGGGACUUCGUGGCGGCCUCCACGCGACCGGGCGCGAACGCCGCGAUCGCUGAGGUGACAGUCCCGGUGGAGCGGGCUCCCGUGACCAGUGCCGGGUCGAGGGUGCCGGCGGGCGUCGCCGCGCUCGCGACGGCGGCGGUGUUUUUUCUUUCAUUCAGUGAGGAACACUCAUUUCAAUAG